AGCCUGAAUUCCAGGCGCGUGCCUGUACGGUCUGCUCAGUUGAGAAAGGUGUGGUCUAUGUGAAGAAGAUGAAGCAGGAGGGGUCUCGCUCUGCCAGCUACACAGUAGCGUGUGAGGGCUGUGUAUACGUGGUUGAGUUUAACCCCUUUGAGAGUGGCUCAUCUGCAAACCUCUUGGCAUAUGGUAGCAACCAGUACGUGGUAGUGGGCACCUGUCGCUUCCAGGAGGAAGACACAGAAGUCAAGGGGGUCGAGUUCACCACGCUGCGCAUUUUUCAUCACGGAGUGCGUGUGGAUGGACUCGCUUGGAGCCCUGAAUCUCGACUGGACCAGCUUCCCCGGAUCAUCAGGUUUUGCACUGCAGCAGCGGAUAGGAAAUUGAGACUGUUUACAUCAGAUCUUCAAGACAGACAUGAAGUCAAGGAGAUGGAAGGCCACACUGACAACAUUAACCAUCUGGUCUUCGAACCCACAGAAGGAAAGCAGAUUGCCUCCGUCAGCGAUGACCUCACCUGCAGGCUUUGGGACCUGGAAGGAAACCAGACAACCUCCUUCCUGCUGCACUCCCCAGGGAUGAGUGUGUGUUGGCACCCCGAGGAGGUGUUCAAGUUAAUGGUGGCAGAGAAAAGCGGGGUAGUGCGCUUCUACGAUUUGGUUACCCAGCAGGCUAUUCUCUCCCUGGACAGUGGGCAGACGCCUCUAAUGUCUGCCGACUGGUGCCUCACCAACACCAUCAAGGUGGGAGCUGUGGUGGGCAACGACUGGGUAAUAUGGGACAUCACUUGCUCCAGCUAUCCUCAGGAGAGCAGGCCCUCCCAUGUGGACCGAGCCCGACUCUUCAGGUGGUCAAGGGCCAAUGAGAACUUGUUUGCAACCACUGGGUGUCCUGGAAAGAUAAGCAGCCAGCUGCUUGUGCAUCAUCUGGGUCACCCACAGCCCGUGACGAUUGGCUCCUCGGUGGUUGGAUCAGGGCUGAGCUGGCACAGGACCCUCCCGCUCUGUGUGGUUGGUGGAGACAGGAAGCUAUCCUUUUGGGUAACGGAAAUGUAGACUGGGAGCUGUGUUUGCGUUGGAGGGCCAAAACUUGUACAUUCAGAAAUGGUUUUUCAAUAAAGUGUUGUUUUGAC